CAAAACUGGUCGGGACGAAUUAAGAAAUCAAAUAUGAAAGAGAAAAUACAAGGGAAUUUGAUGAAUCCUUUAUUCUUGUUGUUACGGUAGUUCUCCCCCCAGCCCCCAAGGGGGUAAAGGCGGAACUGAACCAAUAAUUCUCUUUUCUUCAUGCACAAGGAUACUACAUUACCUAGUAGAAAAUAUUGAAAAAUCGUCACAAACCUCCUUAAUCACAUUCUAAAAAAAUCAUUUUAUACAGAACAUUUUCUCAAAAUAUGGGGGCCCAAACAAAUGCUAAAUAAAAAAUUACAUUAAAUACAGAAUUUCUAAAGUUCGGUUCACCAUAUUGAUAGGAAGUCAACUCGAUAUGAACUUUGGGAACAUUUCUUACACUCAUUAACUGAUUAACUUAAAUUUGAACAAUUUUAUUGUUUAACUUCAUUAAGAUAUACUCUAUCCAGUCGCUGUAAAGCAGAAUGGGCUUCCACAUCCUCAGACAGCCCAACUAACUUUCCAUUAGACAAGACACAGGCCGUUUCAGUCUUUCGAUAGCCCAAGACACGAGUUGACUGGCCCAUGAAGACAAUAUGUAACUACCGUCCAAAAUUUGUGGCCAGCCAGACGUGCCGAAUAAAGGUCCUAGAACCUAGUUCGCAACACUAAUAACCCAGACCAAUAAAUCCGAGUGCCAUAAAAUGGCUCUUGAUUUUAUGUAGACUUCUGGUAAUUGCAAUGAGAUAACCUAAUCCACCCCAACCAAGAGGAGAAGCAGCCACGUAGGACAUAGAGUAUGAUACUCACAAUUUUCCACCUCUCAGUUAUGAUACUCUCAAUUUUACACCUCAGUCCCAAUACUUUCUCCACUUAUCUCUCACUACUAUCAAUAUUCAUAACACGAGCAUUUCAUUUAACACUAGAGCAAGAAACUUACCUGAGUGAAAGAAACUGAAGAGCAAGGAAUGGCCUCCACAUCUGCAGCAUCUAUGGCGCUGCAGUUGGCUCAGGCAACCCAAAAGCAGCAUCCGAGCCUGUGUUCUUUCUUCAAGCCAUUACCUGUGAGGCAAUCAAAGGCAAUAGCAGCAUCAAAACCUGUUGGAAGAUUUGAAAUUAAGGCUUCGCUUAAGGAGAAAGCAGUUACCGGAUUGACAGCAGCUGCAAUGACUGCUUUGAUGAUCAUUCCUGAUGGAGCUGAGGCUGCUGUGUCUGGUGUUUUGCCCUCCCUCAAGAACUUCUUGCUGAGUAUUGUAGCCGGAGGAUUCGUUCUUGGUGCAAUUCUUUGGGCUAUUAUUGGUGUUUCCAACUUUGAUCCUGUGAAGCGGACCUGAAAAAUGAUGUCAUCUAUGUUUCUAUGUUCCCUGCGUAUCCAUUUUCAAAUGUAUUCAUAAUAUAUCCAUGGUUAAUAGUAAAAAAUUUUCAUUCCA